AUUACCGCAAAACGGGCAGUUCCGUGUUAUAUAUACGGUUAAUUCCGUAGUCAUACAUUCAGUAUAACUACAAAUUACCAACAGUGCCAUCUCGUUGCACGUGCAAUUUAUAACGCAAUUUCGCAAUCAUGUACCGAUUAAUUUUUAUGUUUCUCGCUGUAACCAGCGUUCGGUCCACACUAGUAACCGUAAACGUGGAUACGUCGUCCGACAAAAUUCAGUUCGAUAAAUGCUCCAUCGUCUGCGGUCCCCUGUGUUCUGUUAUAUGUUCGCGUCUGCCAAUAAGUCUACCUACAGCUCUCUGCAAAAGUGUUUGCAAGCCACUGUGCGAAAAAUCGUGUCAGUCGGAUCCGAAAAUAGCAAUUACGAUAACGUACAAUCAUAACGACACUUAUGUGGAAGUACGUGAUUCGGAUUUAGACUCGGGAAAAUGGACCAAAGAUGAUUGUAAAAAGACAUCGUCUCCGGAUGGUUUGAAAAUCACAAAAGAUAAUCCGGUGACCAUUCGAGCGUGUGGCAAGGAUCUAUCGACGAAGGGUGUCAAAGGUUAUUUUUACCUGGCGCUCAAUAACGAGACGGAAAAUGAUUACAAGGUGACAUUUAGCGUGCCGUCGAUGAUAACCGGUAAAACAAUUUUUCAUUUGGAUCCCCUUAAAAACGAUGGGCCUAUAAGUUGUGAGCCAGACGUGCAAGGCUCAAGUUCGAUUCCAUCGUCCAUCCGCUGUUUUAGAGUAAUAUGAUAACGUGCAACACUACCGUUAUCGCAUUGUAUUUUCGGGCAUUGUUGUAGUCUCAGUGAAUAUGUUUUGUAAUAAAAAUUGUAUAAUAUAUGCCAUUAGUGUAGUGUUAUUUUUUUGUAACAAUAACAAUUAUAAUUCCAAAGCUAAACAUUUUUAUUAUUCAAAAACAUUCUGUACUAGAAAUACACUUUCUAAGUUCAAACUGUA